GUCCUCGAUAUAUUAAAACGUGAAAGAUGAGGAUAGAAAAGUGUUAUUUUUGCUCCACGAAUGUCUAUCCGGGACAUGGCAGCGCAUUCGUCAGGAAUGAUGCCAAAGUCUUUCGUUUUUGCUCAUCAAAAUGCAACAAAAACUUCAAGAUGAAGCGCAACCCGCGUAAAGUGCGAUGGACAAAAGCUUUCCGCAAAGCCGCAGGCAAGGAGAUGAUCGUGGACAGCACGUUUGAGUUCGAGAAGCGGAGGAAUGUACCCGUGCGCUACGAUAGGGAACUUAUGGCGACGACGUUGAAGGCUAUGAAACGGAUUGGGGAGAUCAGGCAGAGACGGGAGAGGGCGUUUUUCAAGAAUCGGAUGGCAGUGGCGAAGGAGAAGACUCUAUCUGCCAAACGCCGCAAGCUGGCUCUGCGCAAGGAGAAAGACGAGCGUAUCGCAGCCGAGAUGGCGGCUUCAGCUGCCGAAGCGGAACAAGAGAUGUCGACGGAGCUUGUCGCCCCUGUGGAGAAAGCGGAGACGAUCAAGAUCAAGCGGAAGGUGCUGGUGCCGGCUACGAGGAAGCGGAGUGCACUUGUCAAGGGCGAGGGGAAGAGUAUGGGCAUGGACAUAGACUGAGCUGCACUUGUAAUGU